CACCUUUUGCUGGCCUUGCCUUUCCUACCCAGGUUAAAUAUGUAAGAAGGGAAGCUCAGUAAACUGUAUGUUAUUCUCGUUCAACAUCUGAUCACAUCUCACACAUCUGAAAGCGUAAACCAUGUCUUUCACUAGAAGGUCAUACGGUCAAGUCCAAACAGUUUCCACUGGGAACAGCAGUAGCACUAAAGUAGUGGAAGACAGCAAAAAGAAGACAUCAUUGCUGAAGGACAACAGCUGGAUCAAGACCAGUGUGAAUGAAAAUGAGCCAGAACAAGAUGCAAUCUUUGGCAAAACUGUUCUAAAGCGUUACAAGUCCAACGAAAACCUUAUCAGACCUGCAGAUAGUAAAACUAGCAAAACCGAGAGCAAAACCACCACCAUCACCACUUCAUCAGGUUCUGUUCAUGCUCUCACUAAAAGAUUUGGGAGCCAGGACAUGCUGAAUGAAAGCAGAACCACAGGAACUAAAACAACAGUAAAAACAUUGCCCAAGACAAGCACUACAGCUACAACACUCAAAGAUGGUACAAAAAUAACUGAGACAACUGUCACCACAACCAGUAAAGAUGUAGUGAAAAGCAGGUCUGCAAUGUUCAGUGAACGAGACCAGCCAGUUUUAAAGAGGAGUUCUGGUGACUACAAGACUGAAGUCGUUACAGUGAAGUCAUCAAAGGACACUAUUGAUGGACCAACCGCACCUGCCAAGACCACCACAAGCAUCAAAACUUACACCAAAGAGGACGUUUCCCCAGCUAAAACAACAUCUCACUCCAUCCUAUCCACAAAAAGUGACAAGACUGAAGUCGUUACAGUGAAGUCAUCAAAGGACACUAUUGAUGGACCAACCGCACCUGCCAAGACCACCACAAGCAUCAAAACUUACACCAAAGAGGACGUUUCCCCAGCUAAAACAACAUCUCACUCCAUCCUAUCCACAAAAAGUGACAAGACUGAAGUCGUUACAGUGAAGUCAUCAAAGGAAACCACUGAUAUAGCAAGCUCACCCCUUAAGACCACCACAAGCAUCAAAACUUACACCAACAAGGAGGAAUUUUCACCAACUAAAACAACAUCCUACUCUGUCCGCUCCACAAAGAGCACUGAUGAUCAACUGUUUGACACUCUCAUACCAACAUCAAUCCAGACAAUAUAUUCCAAACCCGAAAGCAGUGACUACAAGACUGAAGUAGUUACGGUGAAAUCAUCAAAGGAAACCAUUGAUGUGCCAAGCACACCUGUCAAGACCACCACAAGCAUCAAAACCUACAAGGAGGAAGUUUCACCAACUAAAAUGACAUCCUACUCAAUCCAAUCCACAAAGAGCACUGAGGAUCAACUAUUUGACACUCUCAUACCAACAUCAAUCAAGACAACUUCUACCAAUUAUGACAGCAGUCGUGGGGAAGAUAUAACUGUCUCCAAAUCCAUCAGAACGGUCUACUCCACAAGCGACAGAAAUGAGUGGACCAGUGUCACAAGUCCUACUUACACCAGAACAUCAUACACAGACAGUCCUUUUGACAUCCUUACAUCAAAAUCCACUACAACAGUAUACACAUCACCUGAGAAGAAAGUCAAUGAGAGAGACCUUUGUACAUUCUGCCAUAAAAACAUGUACAAUGCAGAAAAGAUGAUCCUGGAAGACAUGAGUAUAAACUGUCAUGCAAGUUGUUUCAAGUGUGAGGUAUGCAAUGCUUCCCUUGGACACCUGAAGGCAGGAGACAGCUUGUGGGUCUACAAUCGCUCUGUUCACUGUGAAAGCUGCUUUGGUGUCACCAAGGGCAAGUGGCAUCGCUGAAACUACGUAGACCAUUAAUGAAGUCAAAUAAAAGAAAAUGAUUGACCAAACAUUUAGACAGCCUAGACUGUAACUUUUUCAUGGUUUUAAUGUGGACCCCAUGUCAUCUACAGUACAUUUAAACAGUUUUGGUUGUGGUCUUAUGUCAGAUAAAUGAAAUGCAUUGAUGUUAUCAUUUCCUAGUGAUGUGAUAUGUAUCUCAUUUAACUGCCAAUAUAAUAAUAAUAUUUUAAUUGAAGAAUUGUCUAUCAUCUCAUGUAUGAUAAUAAUAAAUAAGAGUAAUAUUAGAGUUGAUUUGUUCCAGUUUUUUGUCACUUGUGUUAUUUUAAUAAAGGUUUAAUGUCUAUGAUAU